UUGGCGCGGGUGGGAAGGAGGGUGUGGGGAGCGCCUUCGGGUGGUCUGGGGCUCCGGACUGCGGCGGAGUGACCCGGCUGCGAGCGGCGACAGCAGCGGCGGGGAACCGACGAAGGGUCAACAUCAGGAAAUCGACCCACGUCACCUCCUGGAUUAACGGAUUAAAGGAUGGGACACCUGGCCAGCUCAGUGUUGCCAUGGUGAUGCCAGUGGAGGACAGCAAGGUGCGGGUCGUGGUGCGGGUCCGGCCCCCCACUCCGAGAGAGCUGGAGAGUCAGCGGCGGCCUGUGGUUCAGGUGGUGGAUGAGCGGGUGCUGGUGUUUGACCCUGAGGAACCCGACGGGGGCUUCCUUGGCCUCAAGUGGGGCAGCACCCACGAUGGCACCAAGAAGAAGGGCAAAGACCUGACGUUUGUCUUUGACCGGGUCUUUGGUGAGGCGGCCACCCAACAGGACGUGUUCCAGCACACCACCCACGGCGUUCUGGACAGCUUCCUCCAGGGCUACAACUGCUCAGUGUUUGCCUAUGGGGCUACCGGGGCUGGGAAGACACACACCAUGCUAGGAAGAGAGGGGGACCCUGGCAUCAUGUACCUGACAACCAUGGAACUCUACAAGCGGCUUGAGGCCCACCAGGAGGAGAAGCGAUUUGAGGUUCUCAUCAGCUACCAGGAGGUGUACAAUGAGCAGAUCCAUGACCUCCUGGAGCCCAAGGGGCCCCUCGCCAUCCGGGAGGACCCUGACAAGGGCGUGGUGGUGCCAGGACUCUCCUUCCACCAGCCCACCUCCGCGGAGCAGCUGCUGGAGCUGCUGACCAGGGGGAACCACAACCGCACACAGCACCCAACUGAUGCCAACGCUACAUCCUCCCGCUCCCAUGCCAUCUUCCAGAUCUUUGUGAAGCAGCAGGACCGGGUUCCGGGUCUGACUCAGGCCCUUCGAGUGGCCAAGAUGAGCCUGAUUGACCUGGCCGGUUCGGAGCGGGCGUCCAGCACCCAUGCGAAGGGGGAGCGGCUGCGGGAGGGUGCCAACAUCAACCGGUCCCUGCUGGCCCUCAUCAAUGUCCUCAACGCCCUAGCCGAUGCCAAGGGCCGUAAGUCUCACGUGCCCUACCGGGACAGCAAGCUGACCCGUCUGCUCAAGGACUCCAUCGGGGGCAACUGCCACACGGUGAUGAUCGCUACCGUCAGCCCCUCCAGUCUGACCUACGAGGACACCUACAACACCCUCAAGUAUGCCGACCGCGCCAAGGAGAUCAAGCUCGCGCUUAAGAGCAACGUGAUCAGCCUGGACUGUCACAUCAGCCAGUAUGCCACCGUCUGCCAGCAGCUGCAGGCUGAGGUGGCCGCCCUGAGGGAGAAGCUCCAAGUAUAUGAGGCAAGAGCGGGGACCAGACCGCAGGACCUCCUGAAAUCCCCCAAAUCGGGCCCUUCCCAGCAACUCCUUCCCAGCCAGCCCUCACCCUCCGGCCUUCCCAGCCAGCCCUGCACUCCAGAGCUCCACCCAGGGUCUGCAGUCCUUCAGGAGGAGAGCCUGGGGCCAGAGAUCCUAGUGGGGAGGGUCGUGGAAAGGAACUCCCCAGAUCUGGAGCUGCCCCAGGAAGACAAGGACAAAGACGCAGUGGAGAAGGAGGUUCCCAUCCAGGUACCAAAGAAGACCCUCGGACGCCAGCUGCCAAGGUCCCCUAGCCUGACCCUGCAGACCAAGCCAGACGUGGGCUGGCUGUCCCCACAGAACUUGGGCAGAGACCAUUCUAAGCAGUUGGCCUUGAAGGUGCUGUGCCUGGCGCGGCGGCAGUACUCCCUGCUCCAAGCGGCCAACCUGCUGACCCCCGACAUGAUCAUGGAGUUCGAGACGCUGCAGCAGCUGGUGCAAGAGGGAAAUGCUGAGCCUGAGGCAAAGGCCUCAGGCACACCCAGUCUGGCCCAGGGGCUGCCUCUGGAGCUGUGUUCUGAGUCCGAUUCUCCAGGCUAUUCUGGCCCCGUGACCCGGACCAUGGCAAAGCAACUGAGUGGCCUCAUGCCCACCCUUGGGGUCCUACCAGGACACGACCGCACCCAAGCCCAGGUAUCCCGGCGGCCCACAGAGAAGAAGAAGAGGAGGAGGAGACCAAGCCCCUCGGAGCCAGACAGCCCCCCAGCUCCAAAGCCGGGAACCAAGCGCCAGCGCCAGUCCUUCUUGCCCUGCCUGAGGAGGGGGUCCCUGCCUGAGGCUCAGCCUUCACUCGGGCCCACCACCCCCAAAGGGGGAAAGGCCUCCGUGUCCUGCCACUCCCCUCGCCUCUGCUCAGCCACAGUCAUCAAAAGCCGGGUGCCCCUGGGCCCCUCUGCUGUACAGAACUGCUCCACCCCUCUGUCCCUGCCUGCUCGGGACCUCAAUGCCACCUUUGAUCUCUCGGAGGAAGCCCCCUCGAAGCUGGGUUUCCAGGAACGUGUUGGCUGGGAGGAUGUCCCCCAGGAGCUGAACAGGCUGGAUCAGCCCUUCAUCCCCAGUGGACCUGUGCCCCUGUUCACCAUGAAAGGCCCCAAAACGACAUCUUCCUUCCCUGGGACCUCAGCCCGCAAGAAGAGGCGAGCUGCCAGUUCCUCAGUCUCCCGCUCCCUGGGAGUGGCCCGUGGCCACAGCCGCAUCGCCCGCCUCCCCAGCAGCACCUUGAAGAAGCCAGCUGGGCUCUUCGCAAUCCCAGCCAACUGGCCCGCAGAGGCCCCCUCCGGUCCCCGCUGCCCUGGCAACCAGCAGGAACUGACAGGGAUUGGGAGAGCCCUGUUGUCUGGGAGCUGUGUCGCCAAGGUGUCCUGACCCACCGACUCCUCCUGGUCCCCAGAAUUGCCUGUGCCUGGAGCCCUGAUCUGCCUUCCUGGGCUUGGAGCAAUGAAUGCCAACACCCUCUUCCUUUAUGAACACUCAUCACCAUUCAUUCUACCUGCCCUUUUUAUCAAUCUCUUGUUACACUCAGCUUCUCAGCAGGCAGAUAAUCAUCUUGAAUGUUAACACGUUUCUAUUCUGAAGGUGCAACCACUGAGAUGCCUGGGUAGCUCAGUCGGUUAAGCAUCUGCCUUUGGCUCAGGUCAUGAGGCCAGGGUCCUGGGAUCGAGUCCCAUGUCAGGCUCCCCACUUGACAGGAGCCAGCUUUUCCCUCUCCCUCUCUGCCUGCCAC